AUGGCGAAGCAACUGCUGAAGUAUGGAAUCACUUCUCGAAAUGGUUUCCACAAGUUCCGGAGUUCGCAGGACAAGGAGAGAAAUGGGUGUGCUCAUCUUGACAAGGUCUUCAAGGUAGAGAAUGUUUGCAAGAGAGUUGUGAUGCACCUGAGAAAUCUGGUCCUGGCAGGGCGCCUCGGGCCAGAGCAAUGGAAAGGUUGCGACCCGAGGGUGGAUUUUAUGGUGGAGCAAGUCAAACCUGGCAGGGCGAGAAGGGUGGAGAAAAUUCAAUGGAAACCACCCGACUGGCUUUGGGUGAAGCUCAACACGGAUGGCUCGUGUGAGGGGUUAACAGGCAGGGCUGGAGGGGGAGGCAUUGUUAGAAACCACCUGGGGGAGACUGUGCCAGCCUUCUGCUCUCCGGUGCUUGCCUCUUCGGGAUUCGAAGCUGAGCUUGAUACCUUAUUAGAAGGUGUUCUAAUGGCCAAGCGUUGUGGCAAUAACCUGUGGAUUGAAACCGAUCCUGAAAUGAUGUGUCGGAUUUUAGAAAAGGGUUAG